AUGCAGUGGUUGUAGAAUGGAGGCUCCUUGGGGGAGCUGGGUUUUGUCUUUCUUAGUCACUGUGGCUUGUGUUCAAGCUACUCCGGUCUCUGUGGCAUGUGGCAACUUCCGGAUCCUGAUCACAGUGCUUGUAGACCUCUUUGGGAAUGGUGUGCAUGUUGCUGCAAAUGAACUGACCCUGGGGGCCAGCUGUGCUGUGAUUGCUGUUCAGCCAGAUAGAUUCCAGCUGAAUUACCCUUUGUCUGCCUGCGGUGCCACCAUGGAGCUCCUCCCAGACAGCAUCCGCUACAGAAACAUCCUCUACUACAGACCUUCUGCUGUAGGGGGUGUGAUCCGAGCCAGUCCCUUCUCCCUCCCCAUAGACUGCCUCUACCCCAGGACAGGGAAUGUUUCCACCUUAGGACUCCAGCCUACUUGGGUCCCCUUUAGCUCUACCGUAAUUCACAGGCAGCGCUUGGAUUUUGCCUUGGACAUCUACGACAGUACCUGGUCAUCCCCCCUGUCUGACCCCUCUUACCACUUCGGUGACUUAAUAAACAUCCAGGCAUCAGUAAAAACAGACUGCCAUGUACCUCUGAAAAUCUAUGUGGAUGAGUGUGUGGCCCAGCCAAGUGUGGAGUCCUCCAUGAAAUACAAGAUUAUCACAAACUAUGGGUGCUUUGUGGAUGCAGAGCACAGCCGCUCCCGCUUCCUUGCUCCACAAAGAGACAACUUCCUCCGCUUCCAGCUGGACCCCUUCCUCUUCACUGGUGCUCCCAACAACCAGAUCUACCUUUUCUGCCACCUAAAAGCAGUGGCUCCCAGCCCUGCCAAUGCACAAAAUAAGGCCUGCUCUUAUGACCGCGCUGCUGCAGCCUGGCACUCCCAGGAAGGGGGUGACUGCUCCUGCUGUGCUUCUCCUGUUGGUUGUGGGAGCAGGAGAAGACACCGGCAUGCACUUCACAAGAGGGAAGGACUCCUUGAUGAAGCAGACAUCCAGCUUGGUCCCUUCCAGCUGGCUUCUACUGUAUCCAGCUCCCCUGUUACAUUCAGUUCCAGCUCUAUGAAGAUGGCAUCAACAGAGUCCACCUCGGCCAUACCGGAGACGCUGACAUUGGCUUCCACUAUCCCCAGCACACCAGAUGCCACCAACCCAAUCUUAUUUUCUCCACGGCAGCCAGUGAACCCUAUUGUGAGAGAGGAAGCCAAAGAGACCUCUGGGCUGCAUCUCCCUUUCUCUGUCACUACUCUGACCAUCGUGGUGAUGAGUUGCUCCUUUAUCUUCCUGGGGAUCCUGGGAUGUUACUGCUCCAUGAGACACUACCAGAGGGGGUACCCGAUGGGAGCUGCUGAUGCUGCCCCCACUGAGUCUGGUGCUGUUGCCAUGGCACCCACAGCCUCUGGGGCCCCCAAAGCGGCCUCUGGAAAAGAUGAUGCUGGGGUGGCUGCUUCCUGUGGUAAUUCCAGAUGUGUGUGAACUCUUCAGUAUGUCUUUAAAAAAUAAUAGUUGUGGAAUAAACCAUUCAGAGUUGAAGAGGAUGUCUUGUUGCAUGGGAGCAGCUGCUGGGGGAGCUGAAUGGGGAUUUUAAAGAGCCAAAUAGCUGGCUGUGAGGAAGUCUCUUCUGAUGCAAGCAUGUUACUUGAACUAGAU